AAAAAGAAGGGAGGGAGGAGAAAGAAGGAGAGAGAAAGCAAAGAGCCCCCUAGCUAAGCUUGCACAGAUACUGCAGACACAGCGCCCAAUGCUAGAGCUGCGCUGUGCACCGAGUGAGUGAGAGAGUGAGAGAGACAGCGCUCUCCAUUUUCUCCAAGCCAGAUCUCUCCUCACGUGUCCUGGAAAGGGGAUCUCACAUGACCCGAGUGUUUGUCCCCGUGAUCAAAACUUCCAUCUCCUCUCUGUGAAAUUCACGUUUUAAAUACGAACCCAGGUCCCCACAUGGACAUGUUAGAUCACGCUUUGGACUCUGCAAGCAGCCACGAGAAAGGACAGGAAACCGAGGAGGAAGUGCAGCUGCAGGAAGACGGGACAGGUCCGGACGAGCAAACGGCUGUGGCCAUUGCCAGUGUCCAGCAGGCCACAGCGUUCGCUGACCACAACAUCCAGUACCAGUUCCGCACAGAAAACAAUGGAGGACAGGUGACAUACAGAGUAGUCCAGGUGACCGAUGGGCAGCUGGACGGACAGACCGAUGCCACAGGGGCGGUCAGUGUUGUUUCCACAGCAGCGUUUACUGGAGGACAGCAGGCGGUUGCACAGGCGGUGAUCCAGAACCCUUUCAGUAAUGGCGGCAGUCCCGUGACGGACACAGUCAGCGGGGAGACGAGGUUUGCCUACUUCCCCGCGUCCACGGUGGGAGACGGCACCACGACAGCAGUGACCAUGCAAACAGCCGACCCUGCCCUCGCCCAGGCAGGAGGUCAGUUCUAUGUCAUGAUGACCCCUCCAGACGUGCUUCAGUCUGGGGCACAGAGAUCCAUCGCCCCCCGGACGCACCCGUACUCUCCAGAAACUGUUGAAAAUGAGAUGCUGCAUCACGACAAUUCCUGGAAGAUGGACGGCCCGAGAACACCCAGAGAUGAAAGGAGAAGAGCCCAGCACAACGAAGUUGAGAGACGACGGAGAGACAAAAUCAACAACUGGAUCGUGACGUUGUCUAAGAUUAUUCCAGACUGCAACACCGACAACAGCAAGACAGGAGCUAGUAAAGGGGGGAUCCUUUCGAAGGCGUGCGAUUAUAUCAGAGAGCUGCGUCAAACCAACCAGCGGCUACAGGAGAGCUUCAAGGAAGUGGAGAGAGUCCAGAUGGACAACGAGCUCAUCAAACAGCAGAUUGAAGAGAUGAAGAACGAGAACGCUCUGCUCCGAGCUCAGUUGCAGCAGCAUGGUAUCAGCAUGGGGGAGACCUCGGGACAGUAACAGCCAUGUGAUGCAGAGAGGGAGAGAGAGAGAGAAAUACAACAGAGGAAACGGAAUCGACUCAUUUCAAAACAGCACACCCUGGGAGCCAAAAAUAGGCCAAAUUUCACUUCCCCUUUUUUAUUUCAUUUAAAAAUAUCAACAAUCAACAGAGACCUUUUCAAGUUAAUGGGUGGUACUGUUGUCCAAGACAAUUUAUUUUUUGUGUGUGUUUUUUUUCAUGAUCUGUACGUUUUACUGGGGUUUACCACGUUUGUUCUUGUCGUCGUUGUUAUUUCUCUUAGAUUUAUUAUUAUAAUUAUUAAUAUAAUUAUUUUCACCUUGGUUUUUUAAGUUAUUUAGAUAAGAGAGGGGUGGGAAGGAGUCAAGUUUCAGUUGAAGUACCUAUUCUGCUGCAACAGGAGGCGCUACAAACCAACAAAACUAGAGAACACAGCUGCAGUUUCGUCUGUAGAUCUGUCCAGUUUGGGGAAUGUUUAUAAAGUGCAGGUAGGGUGUGUUUUUACAUGCUAAGUCCCUUCUCCAUUUCCCUCUGUAUAAGGCAAUACUAAAUAUAAUUGUAAUCAAAUGCUAGCUGCAAGCAAUGCUGAUGCACAGAGGGGUUGCAAUGGUCUCUGCCACUGUCUCACAUCUCUCUAGGGGUGGAAGUGAAACUUGGAACUCAGGGAGACCAAAAUAAAAUAUGCCAGCUAGAUUACUGAAAGUGCUGCAGGUUUUUAUUUAGGAAUUGAAUACAUAGGAAGCCUGCUUUUGUCACGGGAGGGCAGUCAUUAAAACUCAAUAAGAGUUGACAAAGCUGGAGUUUGUCAAGUGGAGGCUUUCAUUUUAAGCCAGUUAAUUUGGCGAUUAUGAACUGAAUAUUGAGGAUUAAAGGACAGGUAACUUAAGAUGAGUCUACCUAUCAUAAUAUAGCUGAGAAAAUAAACAAGCACAUGACCUUUUUGAGCGUGAUUUAACAGAAGCUUAAAUUAAGUUUUAAUUACAGAAGGAAGGACAGUUUAUCUGUUUUAAAAUUGAGUAAAUUUACUCAAACUAACUUUUUUGAAAAUGUAUCUGAUUUCUUAGAAUGUGUUCUUUUUUAUUUUUUCAACACCCAUUUAAAAGACAUUAUGACACAUCCCUGUAUAAUUUAAGUCAGGUUACAAGCUGGUGCUUGAAACAGUAUGUUCAAGUCCUGACAGGUUCGGUCUCAGCUAAUUAAAAUUAAAGGCUUCCCCUAUUGCGACUGUAUUUUGAGUUGGUGGACAGUCCUUUGUAGACUUAACAAAAAGAGUGUUGAAAAAGCCUUGGGUACUGGUAGUUGGAGGAUGAGAGUGUGGAAGUUGCAUCAAUGGGGUAUAUGAAGGUUUUAUAUUUAAUUAUAAAUGUGCACGAAUUGGUGUAGCACUUAAAAGGGGGUGCAUAUUUUUUGUGUUCUAAUGUGUAAAAAAACAAAUACGGGAGCUGCCCUUAAAAAGGUUAGUUUGGCAACAGUACCAUCCAUUUAAGAAAGCAAACCGCUCUGUACCCAGACAUUUAGUCUUUUCUACUUGAUCCUUGGAGGCUGAUUUUAAGGACUUCAAUUUGUAAAUAUUCCCGCUGGAGCAACUCUGAAAGAAAGAAGGCAAGAAGAAAUACAAGGAUCGGACUCUUCCUGAUUGUGUGUUUGAGAAAGAAUGGCAUCCAAUAGCCACCUCCCUUUUUCCCCCCCAACGUAAGCCAAUGGCUGGAACUGUUCUUACUGUGUAGGAUGACCAAGAAAAUGGCUGGCAGUUGUUGAAUAAUAAUAAUUAUUAUUAUUUUGUACUUUUUUGGGGGUAGUUGGUGGGAGGGGGGGAUGCAAACAGGAAACAAUGGCAAGGUUUUUUGUUUUUUCUCUUCAGUAGUACUAGCAUGAGAUUAACCAAUGGCUAACAGUCUUGCUGAACACAAAAUAGCCAACGGCAACACCUUUUUUUUUUUUUUUUUUUUUUAAUAAAAAGUAGCCGGAACUGCAAUAACAACCAAUAGCAGAGCCCCAGUCGUGGGGCGUCAGCCAGUGGUUGGUUGUCUCCAAGUAGCUAGGAGCCAAUCGCGUGUUUUGUCUUUUAUAACAUUGCAAAAUAAAUAACCGCUAAUAUCCUUGUCAA